CCGGGUAUAUUGCAACAUGAAACUGCUAGUGAUGUGCUGGGUGUCACCGUGAAUGGCCGACAGCCACCGCGAGAAGGCCAUCGCGAGGCAACGAAGAGAGGGCUGGACGACCUCAUGGACUUCUUGAAUUUCGUGCAUGCAAAAUUGACAGUCUACGGUGCCGAUCAGGUGUUACUUGGCCAAGUCUUUGGUCAAAUCGCAAGCUGGAUAUGUGCCUUAUCCCUAAACCACUUGAUGUUCAGGAAGGAACUCUGUAAUUUUGAAAAGGCCGUGCAAAUAAAACACAAUGUAACAGAGAUCCAAACGUGGUUGUUUUCGAAGGGCCUUGGAGCACACCGUGAAGUCCUUGAUCCACUCGUUCAAGCCUGCCAUCUGCUGCAGAGCCGUAAAGAUGAGUCGAAUAUCGAUACGUUGUGUGGAGAGAUGACAAGCAAACUCAAACCUCGACAGGUGGUCGCUAUUCUUCAACACUACGCCCCAUCUGAUGACUUCGAAGAGAGGGAUGUUGACGCGGAUCUGCUUGUAAUGGUUCAAAGACGUCUAAAUGAACGAGCCGCUGCCAAC